UUAUUUAUUGUACACAGUGAAGACUGUGCUUUGACUUCCAUAGACUUUCGUUCAUCUUCAAGCCUUUAUAUGGCCUAACCCUAGCCCUAACCUUUGCCGGUUUAUACCUAACCCUAACCUAAACCUAGCUGACACCUCAGUCUUAAACCUCACCCUUAGCCCAGAAUUAAAUUGAGGACCUUUUUCCAGACCUCACUUUACAUCAAAGUCUUCACUUUACUAGUAAAAUGAGCAAACAAUUUUCUCACUCUGGGGCAACAAGAACACAACUGCACAGGUCUUUUGUUUGUUGUUGUAAUGCUUUCUGAGGUAAGAAAGUUAUAAAUAUUGAAGUUAGCCCAUGUACUCUCGCCAAUGCGUCAAUGGCGGCGGAGACUCGACAAAGUAGCCAGGUGAACGAGAGCGCAUCACAUCACGCGCCCAGCCAAUCCUGCCAAUAGAGGCAGCUGUGGUAAGCAGAAGAAACUCAUCUUACACAUCGAGCAAUUUUAAUGGUAUGUAUGGGAAAUAAUAAUAAUAAUAUUUAUCCAUUCAUAAAAAAUGUUGUUGGUUCUCUUGAAGACAUAAGAUCACUGAGAAAAGCCUAUUUAUUGUUAUUAGUCAUCAAAUCUAGUGGAAGGAACAGUCCAUUCCCACCCCCCAUCUUUAACUCCAGGGUGUGCAACAAAAAAAAAAACAAAAAAAAAAAAGACGAGAAAAGAUUGGGGGAGAAAUCACGUGUUUUUGGCACCAUCGACCUUCUCUAUGAUGCAGCGCUCGUAAUGGAUUUCCCCAUCGUUGCUGCAUGUCGGGGAGCAGGAGCUGCAGCUUCAGCAGCGGAGCGCAUGAAAUCAGCUCCUACCACUUGAUGCCGCUGACCUUGGCCGGUUGGCGGUGAUCACGCCUCUUUCGCUUUCUUUUUUUUUUCCUUUUUUCUUCCUACUAUGGCAUCAUCCUCAUCACCACCACCAGCACCAUCACCAUCCGACGGCCUGGACGAUGACUGCGUGGUGCAGCGCGCCAGAUCUCAGAGUGACCCGAGCAGCAUCACCGAGGUCCGCUCGGGAGAAGCCCGCGGUCCAGAUGUAAUGGACCAGCAGAGGGCGCUGCAUUCCGGUUGCCUGGUCUCAGGAGUCCGCACGCCUCCCAUCAGACGCAACAGCAAGCUGGCGAGCCUGGGGCGCAUCUUCAAGCCAUGGAAGUGGAGGAAAAAGAAAAGCGAGAAGCCCAAGCCCCCUGGAGCAGCAGAGAAGAAGGCAGCUGUACGGCAGAAGAGAGACGAGCUAAUCAGGCGAAGCCCUGGGGAGAUGGAAACAGAGUCGGACCUCGCUUGUGGGAGUAACGGGGAGGAUCCAGACACCCCGACUCAGUCAGACGGCGAGGACAGGGACGAGGAGCACGGGGCCCCCCUGGCCAGUGCCAGCGAGGACCUGGGAAGUGAUCUGGAAUCCUCAGCAGUUCAAGAUGUGGCUGAAGAUCUGAAGGCAGUUGGAGAAACCAAUCAGAGCGAGGAUGGAGACGGAGAAGAUGAGAGCACGUCCGUAAGCGAGCCCAGUGAGGAGCAGACGAUGGAGACGGCAGAGGCAGCCAAGGGAAAGCAGGAAGUGGUGGCAGCCAAACCUCAGAGACGAGCCAGCACCCCUCCUCCACCAAGUCUUCCUGUCAAACUGCUCACCAGACUGGGCAGCUUAGACGGUGCUCCUCCAGUACCGGUGAAAAAGUCUCCAGCCACUUUGCCCAGGAACUUCACGCUCCCCAAAGAACCCCAUGGAUCCUUGCUGAGAGGCAGGAUCUCUACACCCACGGGGUCUCCACACCUUGGGGCCCUGCACCAACCCCUGCCCCCUAGCUGUAUAAUUGAGGAACUGCAUCGAGCUCUGGCCACCAAGCACAGACAGGAGAGUUUCCAGACGAAGGAAGGUCGCUGUUCUCCGAAGCGCAGGCCGGACGGACGGCUGUCUCGGACAUCCAGCACAGAGAGGGAGUCGCUCGGGGAGUCGGACAGCAAGAAGACGUCUGAUGAGAACAAGGAGAACCGUCGCCUGGAUCAGUACAUGAGCGACCAGGACAGCUGGAACGAGUCUGUGAUUUCUGGAACGCUGCCGCGCAGGAUGAGGAAAGAGCUGCUAGCGGUGAAGCUUCGGAACAGGCCCAGCAAACAGGAGCUGGAGGACCGCAACAUCUUCCCAGUCCGCAGCGACCAAGAGCGACAGGAAAUCCGCCAGCAGAUAGAGAUGAAGCUGGCCAAGAGACUGAGCCAGAGACCGGCCGUGGAGGAGCUGGAGAGCCGCAACAUCUUAAAGCAGAGAAAUGACCAGAUUGAGCAGGAGGAGAGGAGGGAGAUAAAGCAGCGGCUAAACAGAAAGCUCAACCAGAGGCCGACGGUGGACGAGCUGCGGGACAGGAAGAUCCUGAUCCGUUUCAGCGACUACGUGGAAGUGGCCAAAGCUCAGGACUACGACAGACGCGCAGACAAGCCGUGGACCAGACUGUCAGCCGCUGACAAGGCGGCCAUCAGGAGGGAGCUCAACGAGUUCAAGAGCAACGAGAUGGAAGUCCAUUCCUCUAGCAAGCAUCUGACAAGGUUCCACCGGCCGUAGCAUGGUUUCUUCUGUGAAGAGUUGCUUAAAUCUGGUUCGGUCAGAGAAGAUCUGGCACAGGGUCUUUGAGCCCCCCACCCCUCCCCCCCCCCACCCCGGGCCCCCACAGUCAGCGGCCGUCCUGAUAUUUGGGUACAGCAAACCUUGGAGGCUAUGUCUCCAGUUGGGGAUCUGCUGGUAGGAGAGGCCGCAUGCAGCAAGCUCCGCCUCCGCUCAGGGGAACCCCUCCUUCACCACCUGUCCCCCCUGUCAGAGGAGCAGGAAGGACUCUAGGCCGUGGAUCUCCAGGAGACGAGCAGGGACUUCUUUUUGUAAACAGACUAUUUUCGAAGACUUUGUUUGUUUGUUUUUUUGGGAGGGGGGUUGCAUGUGAAGAAGUGAACUAGUCCCACCCCAGUAACGUUAGUCACAUCCCCGAGCUGUGUCCGAGUCUCAAUGAUUCAACUGAUCGGUUUCAUAUCAGCCGUGUAAAAUGUUCUUAAACAGAAACCUUGUCGGCGUACAAGACAGAAGCCCCUUUGUAAGCACUAUUUAUUGUCUGCACAAUACAAGUUUUCUAUUUGUAA